AUGUCAAAGCCAGAUGACCACAUUGACGGGCCAGCUAAUCAAUCAGACCCUAGCUCCUGGAUCGCUUUACCGUACAUGAGUGAUUGCGUUAUUGCGUAUUCAACACUCCCCGGUUUCGUCUCUUGGAGGUCAGAAACCGGUGGUAGCUGGUAUGUGCAGGUUUUCGUUGAAGUCUUAAAAGAUUUGGGCAGUCAAUUGCAUUUUAUAGAUUUAUUAUGUGAAGUUAACCGCCGCAUGGUGGAAGAAGGGGCUACGGCAGGCUACAAACAGAUUUCACAGCCUGUCACUACCUUGACUAGACCCUUCUUCUUAACAGCGUCGCACAAAUAA